GGGGCCGAGGCUGGCGGCGCCGAGGCUCUGAGCGGAGGCUGCGAGGCGCGCCACACCCCGGCGGCCAGACUGUGGCAAAAAUGCCGGCUUCUGUCACGCGGCCCCGCCCGCGCCCUCCGGCCUCGCCCUCACGCCUGCUGCUCCUGCUGCUGCUGCUGCUGCUGGAGGUGCUAAGCGGCCGGGUGUGUGGCCGCGUCCCCCGCUCGGUGCCCAGGAUCUCGCUUCCUAUCUCCGAGGCUGACUCCUAUCUCACCCGGUUCACCAUCCCUCAGAUAUACAAUUACUCGGUUCUCCUUGUGGAUCCUGCUUCCCAUAUGCUUUAUGUCGGCGCCCGGGACACCAUCUUCGCUCUAUCCCUGCCCCUUUCAGGGGAGAGACCUCGCAGGAUUGACUGGAUGGUGCCUGAGGCCCACAGACAGAGCUGUAGGAAGAAAGGCAAGAAGGAGGACGAAUGUCACAAUUUUGUCCAGAUUCUCGCCAUUGCCAAUGCCUCUCACCUCCUCACUUGUGGCACCUUCGCUUUUGAUCCGAAGUGCGGGGUUAUUGAUGUGUCCAGUUUCCAGCAGGUUGAAAGACUUGAGAGUGGCCGGGGGAAAUGUCCUUUUGAGCCAGCUCAGCGGUCAGCAGCUGUAAUGGCUGGGGGCAUCCUCUACGCUGCCACUGUGAAAAACUACCUGGGCACGGAGCCGAUUAUCUCCCGGGCUGUGGGUCGCGCUGAGGACUGGAUUCGGACAGAGACCUUGCCAUCCUGGCUUAACGCCCCAGCCUUUGUUGCAGCCGUGGCCUUGAGCCCAGCCGAGUGGGGAGAAGAAGAUGGAGAUGAUGAAAUCUACUUCUUCUUUACGGAGAUUUCCCGAGCAUUUGAUUCAUACGAACGCAUUAAGGUCCCGAGGGUGGCCCGUGUGUGUGCGGGGGACCUUGGGGGCCGGAAGACCCUCCAGCAGAGGUGGACGACUUUUCUGAAGGCAGACCUGCUGUGUCCAGGGCCUGAGCAUGGCCGGGCCUCCAGUGUCCUGCAGGACAUGGCCAUUCUUCGACCUGAGCGUGGAGCAGGGAUGCCCAUCUUUUAUGGCAUCUUUUCCUCCCAGUGGGAAGGGGCUGCCAUCUCUGCUGUCUGUUCCUUCCAACUACAAGACAUUCGGACAGUGCUGAAUGGUCCCUUCAGAGAGCUGAAACACGACUGCAACAGGGGACUACCUGUCAUGGACAAUGACGUACCCCAGCCCAGACCUGGAGAGUGCAUCAGCAACAGCAUGAAGCUCCAGCAGUUCAGCUCUUCACUCUUCCUGCCUGACCGUGUGCUCACCUUCAUCCGGGACCACCCACUCAUGGACAGGCCAGUGUUUCCAGCUGAUGGCCACCCCCUGCUGGUCACUACAGAUACAGCCUAUCUCAGAGUCGUAGCCCACAGGGUGCCCAGCCUCUCAGGGACAGAGUAUGAUGUGCUCUAUCUGGGGACAGAGGAUGGACACCUCCACCGAGCAGUGCAGAUUGGUGCCCAGCUCAGCGUCCUUGAGGAUCUGGCCUUAUUCCCAGAGCCACAGCCAGUUGAGAAUAUGAAAUUCUAUCAAAACUGGCUCCUGGUUGGCUCCCGUACGGAGGUGACACAAGUGAACACAACCAACUGUGACCGUCUGCAGAGCUGCUCAGAGUGCAUCCUGGCCCGAGACCCUGUCUGUGCCUGGAGCACUCGGCUAGCUGCGUGUGUGGCCCACGCUGGAGAGCGUCGAGGGCUGGUUCAGGACGUAGAGUCAGCGGAUGUCUCUUCUUUGUGUCCUGAAGAGCCUGGAGAACACCCAGUGGUGUUUGAAGUUCCUGUGGCUACAGCUGCACAUGUCGUCUUGCCGUGUUCCCCAGGCUCAGCCUGGGCAUCCUGUGUGUGGCACCAGCCCAGCGGGGUGACUGAACUCGCCCCCCGGCGGGACGGGCUAGAAGUGGUGAUAUCCCCAGGGGCCAUGGGCGCGUAUGCCUGUGAAUGUCAGGAGGGUGGGGCAGCCCGCGUGGUAGCUGCUUACAGCUUGGUUUGGGGCAGCCAGCGGCGCUUCCCAAGCCGGGCUCACACAGUGGGGGCUGGACUGGCAGGCUUCUUCCUGGGAGUUCUCGCAGCAUCCCUGACUCUCCUCCUGAUUGGUCGGCGUCAACAGCGACAGCGACAGAGGGAACUUCUGGCUAGAGAUAAGGUGGGCUUGGACCUGGGGGUCCCACCAUCUGGGACUACAAGUUACAGCCAGGACCCUCCCUCUCCCUCUCCCGAAGAUGAGCGGCUGCCCCUGGCCCUGGCCAAGAGGGCCAGCGGCUUUGGCGGCUUCCCUCCACCCUUUCUGCUUGAUCCUUGCCCAAGCCCAGCCCACAUGCGGCUAACUGGGGCUCCUCUAGCCACUUGUGAUGAAACAUCCAUCUAGGGCUGGGCAGAGAACCACUAGUGCGUGAGUGACCACUGGAUGGAAUGACCGUCGGGACGCUGGGGGUCGGUGAGUGUGGAAGAUCGUCAUGGCCUCUUGAGUUUUCUUUGGCCUUUGAAUGAUCACUUCGACUUCCCUGUCUGCCCUCUUUGGGCCUAGAUGGGCUCAGGGCCAGGCCUUUACCUGAUUCCCAUGAGAGAUCAGAACUGCUCUCGCAGUGAAUCAGGACUUUUCCCGCCCCUGCCCUCUCAACCCCUGUGACCCCAUCAACCUACUGUCUUGGGCCCAUUAGUUUGGGGCCAGGGCCCAGGACAUUGCUGUAACUUUUCUUUCUGAUUGGGCCCUGGCUAGAAGGAGGAGCCGUGGAAGUGCUUGGGGGCUAAUGUGCACUGAUUCCUUUCACUGGUUCUCCCAGUUUAUCUGAUUCUCUGUGGGGAGUGCAUGAUCCCCAAACUGCAACAUGCAGUCUCUGCCCUGGGAUCUACCCCAUCCCAGUUUUCCUUCUUCCAAGAAAGAGCACGUGUAAAUACAUGGGUGUUCAUCGGUGACCUGGCCACAUGUGCAUGGAUGACUAGGCUGAUGCUCAGGUGUAUUCAUGGGAGGUUGAGAGGGUCAGGUUGGAAUGAGGGCAGUACCUACAGGACUUUAGGCCCUAUAGCCAGUGAGGGAAUGGCUUGCCUUUCUAAAAGGAGAAAACCACUGCCCUGUCUCCAUCACCUCUCACAGCCCUUCUGCUGAGUAGUGAAAAACUCCUGAAGUGACCUUCUGGGUGGGAAAGGCAAUGGUACAUAUGACUCCAUCUUUCUCUGUUUUUGCCUCCUGGCUGCCACCACUGCCAUGCACAGCUGCUCUUUCUCUGGCUAGAACCCUUUUCUUGGCUUCUGUUAAAACUUUACAACAUUCUAAAUAUUGGAGGAUGACAAAAGGAAUAAUCAUGGGAAAUACAAGCUGCACAAAGAUAAGUUUGUAUCAGUGACGUUACGACUUUAAUCAGGUUGUCACCCUUGCUCUAAAGCAGGAGUUUACCUGGGGUCCACGGCUUGGCUUCCCUGAAAUUGUAUGCAAGAUGCUGUCUGUACAUGUGUGUCUGUAUUUUUCUGGGGGAGGGGGGAGGUUUUGUGACUCUUAUUAGAUUCUCAAGCCUUAACAAUGUUAAAGGACCACUGCCCUAAGGUCACCACACGUUGGCCAAGCUGAGGUGGUGCCAGGCAGGGGCAGCUCUACCUGCCCCCCUGCCACACCUGCACCUGGACUGGCAGCGGCUGGAUACCUUCUUGUUGCUCCAUUUCCUGGAAGGUGGGCUCUGUACAUAUUUGAAGACACUGUCAACGCUCACCAAAUUUAAAGACCUCUUCUUGCUUCACAACUCCCAGAUGCUCUAGGCUUCUCCUGCUCAGUUCCAGUCUUGGCUUGUGAAUGUGCCUCAUUCAUCCCUGGUGAGGGACCCUCUUGAGCACCAGUGAAUGGUCCAGCAUUUCCCAGUCGAAGUUUUCAGCUCCACUUUCCUUGGCAGCAGCCUGUGAACUACUCAAGGGUCCCCUUGGGUUUUGAAUUAUCAGUGGUUUUGCCAUUAAUAAGUGUAUGAUCUUCAGCAAGUAAUCUAACCUUGGAACAAUGGCUUACUCAUCUGUAAAGUGGGGAUAAUAAUACCUACCUCAGGGUUGCUGCAAGGAUUAAAUGAGAACAUGUAAACAAUAAAGCACUAUCUA